AUGGUCGCGAACGUGCCGUCCCCAUCAUCCUCGAUCACACGGGGUGACACAGGCUCCAAGGAGGACGUGGAGAAGCACUCGGAAGAGGGCAACCACCAAGACGAUCUCGCCCACAAGCCGACGUUCGGAGAUCUCGAGAAGCAACAGACGAAUGCUACGCAGGCCUCCGCGAUCCUGAAGGAGAAGCCCAAGCUGCAAAGGGACAAGCUUAAGUUGUAGGUCCUUUCUCUCCUCCCACGCUUCAUCGUCAUAUUAGGGGACAUUCGAUCUCAUUGCAUUUACUGACAUGCCAUGUACACCUUAUACCUUCGUCGCGCGCGCCUCCACCCUCGGGCUUGUUCUCGCUUCGUCAUUCCUCGAUCCUCGAUGCCCUUGCCCGAUCCCCGCCGCGAAAUUCAAUUUGCAGUAUCCCCUUUCUCGGACGUGUACAACCACGUGAUCCUUACCCCUCGCUCGACGACGCCGCGGACUGGCCCAAGCCGUCGUUGCUCUCGAUAUGGACGUUCCACUGGAUCCAACCUUUGCUCAUUGUCGGCUACCAGCGCACGCUCGUCGCGACGGACCUGUGGAAGCUGCCUCCGUCGAUGGAGUGCGGUCCCCUCGCGGACCAGCUGAUGGAGCACUUUGAGCGCCGCCGCAAAGAGGUCGAGGCGUGGAACCAAUCGCUUGAUGACGGGUCCUUCAAGCCGUCGAUCCUGCGUCGUGGGUGGUGGAAGAUGCGAGCCUCGAUUGGCCUCGGCGCAGCGGAUGGACGACGGAAGCCGGGCCUGGCCCUGGCGUUGAGCGACACGUUCAAGUAUCAGUUCUGGAGUGCCGGUGUGAUCAAGGUCGUCGCUGACACCGCUCAAGUGACUUCGCCACUCGUCACCAAGGCUCUUAUUCAAUUCAGUACCAAGGCCUACAAUCAUGCCAAGGGCGUUCCCGGCUAUGAGCCGCAGUCGGUCGGCUAUGGAGUGGCGCUCGCCAUCAUCGUCUGGCUUAUGCAAGUUAUUGCAUCGCUCGGGUCCCACCAAUUCUUCGCGCGCAGUGCCAGUACCGGUGUCCUGGCUCGCAGUACCCUCAUCGCGUCGAUCUACCGCCGGUCAACGACCUUGUCGGGCAAGGCGAGGACGGUCAUGACCAAUGGACGUCUCGUCAACCACGUCGGCACGGAUGUGUCGAGGAUCGAUUUCGCCGCUGGCUUCUUCCACAUGUCUUGGACGGCACCAAUUCAGAUGAUCAUCAUCGUCGUCAUUCUUCUCGUCAACCUCGGCCCCAGUUCGCUCGCAGGCAUCUUUUUCCUCUUCUUGUCGAUCCCGCCUCAGGGUUGGGCCAUGAAGAAGAUGUUGGCGGCCCGCAAGCGUGCCAUGGUCUGGACCGACAAGCGCGCCAAACUGAUUCAGGAGCUCUUGGGCGGCCAACGCAUCAUCAAGUUCUUCAGUUGGCAACAGCCUUACCUUCGCAAAUUGCGCGAAAUCCGUGAAUCCGAAAUGUUCCACGUCCGCAACCUGCUCGCCAUCCGCUCCGCGACUUCGGCCGUGGCGAUGUCGAUGCCAGCCAUCGCGACCGUCGUCGCCUUCCUCGUCUACUCCGGCACGGGCCACUCGCAGAACUCGGCCAUCAUCUUCACCUCGCUGACCUUGUUCAACUUGUUGCGCAUGCCGUUGAUGAUGCUGCCCGUCUCGCUCGCGACCAUGACCGACGCACACAACGCCUUGGGUCGGAUCACCGAAGUAUUCCUUGCCGAAUCUCGCUCGGGCACGUACCAAUUCGACGCCGCCUCCGAAUUUGCAAUUCAGGUCGAUGACGCUGAUUUCCAAUGGGAAGGCGCCCCACCCGAGGAAGCAACCGCCGGUUCGAAGAAGGAGCAGCAAGCCUUGGUGCACAAGCUCAAGCAGGAGCAGAAGAAGGCGAAGCACGACAAGAAGGGCGAAAAGAAGAAGCUCCCUGCACCGGAGCAAGUCAUCGUCGACGAGAAGAAACCCGGUGUUGCACUCGACCUUGCCGACAAAACUCCUGCCGACGGUGCCGACGCUGUCGACACGGACGUCUCGAGGGGGGUGCCUGCACCUGCUGAACCAACCCCUGACGAGUCGCAAGGCGAGUCGCCGGCCGAUAAGGAAAAGGACCUUAUGCAGCUUAGCCACAUCAGCCUUCGCAUCCCCAAGGGUCAAUUGUGCGCGAUCGUCGGCCCCGUCGGAGCCGGCAAGAGUUCGCUAUUGCAGGCCUUGGUCGGCGAGAUGAAGCGCACUCGGGGCUCGGUCACCUUCAACGGCUCGCUCGCGUACGCACCGCAGGUCGCCUGGAUGCAGAGCGUGUCGUUGCGCGACAACGUGCUCUUCGGUCAGCCCUACGACCAGGCCCGUUACGAACGCGCGAUCACGAACGCGUGCCUCGACGCCGAUAUCGAAAUGCUGCCCUUUGGUGACGCGACCGAGAUCGGCGAGAAGGGUGUGACGCUUUCGGGUGGGCAGAAGCAGCGCGUCAACAUUGCGCGUGCGCUCUACUAUGACGCGGACAUUGUGCUGCUCGACGACCCGCUCUCGGCCGUCGAUGCUCACGUCGGCAAGGCUCUGUUCGACGAUGCGAUCUGCGGUGCGCUGAAGGACCGCACGCGCGUGCUCGUGACUCACGCCGUGCACUUCUUGCCUCGCGUUGACUGGAUCGUCACGAUCGACCAGGGCCGGAUCCAGCAGGAGGGCACGUACGCGGAUCUGAUCGCGGACAAGGAUGGGCCCUUUUCUAAGAUGAUCGCCGAGUUUGGCGGCGACGCGACCGAGAAGCGCGAGGAGGAGGAGGAAGUUGAAGAGGAUGCGAUCGAGGCCGCCGGGGACGAGCUCGUGGACGCGCCGAAGAAGAGCAAGAAAAAGGGCAAAGGGCUGAUGCAAGAGGAGGAGCGUGCGACGGGAGCAGUCGACGGCGGGGUCUAUAUGGCCUUCCUGCGUGCGGCCAAGGGCCACGUUACGGUGCCGUUGCUCAUCCUCAGUCUGGCGCUCGCCCAAGGCGCGCAAGUGCUCGGCUCCUAUUGGCUCGUGUGGUGGCAGGAAAAGUGUGUACUUCUGCUUUCUUCUUUUGAAACGCCGUCCGGGCUGUUCCGAAAAGCUGCUCUUGCUGAUAUGCUUUGGCUUCGUUCAUCAGUCACUUCCACACCCAGAAUGGCUUCUACAUGGGCAUCUACGCCCUCCUCGGGAUACUGCAAGCCGUCUUCUCUUUCCUCAUGGGUUUGGCCUCCGUCUUCAUCGGCUACAACGCAUCUCGAUCGCUUCAUCGUGGUGCGAUUCAAGGUGUCAUGCACGCACCGAUGUCCUUCUUCGAUACCACCCCUCUUGGGCGCAUCAUGAACAGGUUUUCCAAGGACAUUGACACCAUCGACAACACGCUAAACGACUCUAUGCGCAUGGCUCUUAACACGUUUGGUUCCGUCCUCGGCGCCAUCAUUCUGAUCUCGAUUGUCCAGCCCUACUUCCUGAUCGUAGUCACCUUCAUCUUGUGCUGCUACUUCUACGCUGCCAGCUUCUACCGCACUUCUGCGCGUGAGAUCAAGCGAUUGGGUAAGUGCAUCACGCGACUCGGUAUUCACCGAUGGCAUGCUGAUCUUCCUCGUUUGAGGUCCUCAGACAACUUGCUUCGCUCCUCCCUGUACGCUCACUUUAGUGAAACUCUGUCCGGCUUGGCCACCAUCCGCGCUUUUGGAGAAACGGACAAUGUCAGCAUUAGUCCUACAGUCGCCUGUCCUGGGAGUUUGAGAGACUGAUUCGGCAUCACUGUCCCCACACAGUUCUUGAAACGCAACGAAGAAUACAUCGACAUCGAGAAUCGCGCCUACGCCCUCACCGUCAUCAACCAGCGAUGGCUCGGAUUCCGUCUCGAUAUGUUCGGUGGUCUCCUUGUGUUCAUCGUCGCGAUCUUUGGUGUCGCCACGAGGACCAAAGUGUCACCCGCACAGACCGGUUUGAUUCUGUCGUACAUCCUCUCGAUCCAAGCUGCGUUCUCUUGGAUGGUUCGUCAACUCGCCGAAGUUGGUAUGUACAGGCCUAAUGCUUCGGUUCCCCGCUUUCUAGUAGUCGGUUGUCUGACGUUGGGAUGCAACUGUCGACACAGAGAACGAUAUGAACUCGGUCGAGCGUAUUCUGCACUACGCCAACAACCUCGAGCAAGAGGCGCCGUCCGACAUCGAGGAGACGCGCCCGGACCCGAGUUGGCCUGCGCACGGCGCGAUCGAGUUCGAGAACGUCUUCAUGUCGUACCGCCCGGAGCUACCGCCGGUCCUCAAGGGGCUCAGUCUCCGUAUCGAGGGCGGGCAGAAGAUUGGUGUCGUCGGCAGGACCGGUGCGGGCAAAUCGACGAUUCUGCAGUGCCUGUUCCGCAUGGUCGAGCUGCAGUCGGGCAAGAUUUCGAUCGACGGCAUCGACAUUUCGAAGCUCGGGUUGAACCAACUACGCGAGAAGAUUGCGAUCAUCCCGCAGGAUGCGCUUCUGUUCAGUGGAACGCUUCGGUCGAACCUCGACCCGUUCAACGUUUACGAGGACAGUGUGCUGUGGGACGCGAUGAGGCGAGCGUACCUCGUCGACCAGGUCCCCGCCGGCGAAGUCGCCUCGGCCACGGCCACCACCACAACCGCCACCGCCACCGCCACCGCCACCGCAGCAACGGGAGACGAGACCGCGGUGACGGCAGCGACGACGGCGACGAGCCGAUUCACGCUCGACAUGGUCAUCGAAGACGAAGGGCUCAAUUUGUCCGUCGGCCAACGUAGUCUAGUCUCGCUCGCGCGCGCGCUCGUCAAGGACAGCCGGGUGAUCGUGCUCGACGAAGCGACGGCCUCGGUCGAUCUCGCGACCGACAGCCACAUCCAGCAGACGAUCCGCAGCGAAUUCAACGACAAGACGCUGUUGAUCAUUGCACACCGACUGCGUACCAUCAUUGACUGCGAUCGCGUGCUCGUCAUGUCCGAAGGCCAGGUCGCCGAGUACGACACGCCGAUCAACCUGUUCCGCAACAAGGACGGCAUCUUCUCUUCGAUGUGCAGCCGCAGCAACAUCAGCGAGGCCGACAUCCUGCGCAAGGCCGCCUUUUAA